GCGUCACUGACUUGUCUGACUGAUGAGUCCCAGCUAGCAAUGGAUGCCAGCAUCAGCUGUCAGAGGCUUUGACAAAGGGAAUUCGCCCGGUUUGGACACAGAGUUCAGUUGGCAGAUAUGGUGAGGCACAGCGUGAUGACGGAGUUGCAAGCCUUCCAGCACUCGCUCCAGGGGAACUCCCUGGCUGUGGGCCAAGUAGGGCAGAGAUGUGGGGAAGUUCAGGAGAACAGUAAUGCUUCAGAGGACAGACAGCACCUCUCCCAAGUCACAGCAGAAAUUGAGAAAAGCCAGCCAGUAAACAUCCCAGAUGCAGCUAAAAGAAAGAAGAAGAAAAGAACUAGAGCAACGGACAGCUCCACAGGCACUUUUGAUGACCUUUACAAGCUGACAGAUGAGGUGCUCGGUCAGGGGGCUUAUGCGAAAGUUCAAGGAUGCAUAAGCCUGCAGAAUGGACAGGAGUUUGCUGUGAAGAUCAUAGAAAAGAGUGCAGGGCACAGCCGCAGCCGAGUCUUCCGAGAAGUAGAGACGCUCUACCAGUGUCAAGGAAACAAGAACAUUUUGGAAUUGAUCCAGUUCUUUGAAGACAGCAACUGCUUUUAUUUGGUGUUUGAAAAGCUGCGCGGAGGCUCCAUUCUUACUCACGUCCAGAACCGAAAACACUUUGACGAGCUGGAGGCCAGUAAGGUGGUGAGGGACAUUGCCCAAGCUCUUGACUUUUUACACACAAAAGGCAUUGCCCAUAGAGACCUUAAGCUGGAGAACAUCCUUUGUGAAUACACUGAUCGAGUGUCGCCAGUAAAGAUCUGUGAUUUUGAUCUGGGAAGUGGAGUGAAACUCAGCAGUGCCUGUACACCCAUAACGACUCCAGAGCUCACCACACCGUGUGGCUCAGCAGAGUACAUGGCUCCAGAAGUAGUGGAGGUGUUCACUGAUGAGGCCUCCUUCUACGACAAGCGGUGUGACCUUUGGAGCCUCGGAGUCAUCCUCUACAUUCUGCUGAGCGGCAGCCCCCCCUUCACAGGGAACUGCGGCACUGACUGUGGGUGGGACCGGGGAGAAACCUGCAGAGCCUGCCAGAGUCACCUGUUUGAGAGCAUCCAGCAGGGCAAGUAUGAGUUUCCAGACAAGGACUGGGCUCACAUCACAGGGGGGGCCAAGGAUCUCAUAAUUAAGCUGCUGGUUCGGGAUGCCACUCUGCGCCUCAGUGCUGCUCAGGUCCUCAAGCACCCUUGGGUGCAGGGGAACGCUCCAGAGAGAGGUCUUCCAACUCCUCAUGUUCUACAGAGGAACAGCAGCACCAAAGACCUGACCCAGUUUGCAGCAGAAGCCAUCGCCUUUAACCGGCAGCUAUCCCAGCACGACGAACAGCAGGGGGACGUCGGAGCCAUCGUUUGCUCCAUGAGGCUUUCCCCUCCUUCCAACUCCAGACUGGCUCGCAGACGGGCACAGUCCAACGCCCUACGCACCAGGGACUUCGCACCCGCCUCUGAUGACCUCACAGCCUGAAGGACCAGCGCUGAAGUCCCCUCAUCUUGUUUUCUGACUGAUUUUUAGCCUCUGCCUACUCCGUGUGUGUGUGUGUGUGUGUGUGUGUGUGUGUGUGUGUGUGUGUGUGUGUGUGUGUGUGUGUGUGU